CGACUCAAAGCGGCUCCAUGCGAACCAGUACAUAUUGGGGAACAGCAAAGCAGACCGCAUCGUCAAAUUGGUUUUCAUCCUCUUUUGCGGUAUUAUUACUGUCCUAUGCAGUGUCUCUCAAGGCGUCCGAGUAGGCACGCCAUCCAUGUCAUCCUCUUACUCGUCCUGCAUCUUGUGCCAGAUGUCCAGGCCUGCAUCCAAUGACUGGACAUAUUGGCUACCCAGGCCAAUAGUUCCAUACCAAGCAUGUAUAGAACUUACUCGAACAAUUGCAGUACCGGUGUUCCUUCUCCGAGUAUUGAGCCGGGCAAGCAUCGAGUACCAGCUUCGUCAACGUGCAACAACAAAAACAACCCCCCCACGCCACAUCACAAUGAAUCCGAGGGGACACGUGCUGAUACAUAUCCUCCACCUCAAGUCCGUCAGGUUACGAUCCUCCCCCUUUUUUCACACCGACCAUCGUAGCACAGAACAUUUCUCUCCAAGCCUUACAGAGUCUCACAAACCCAACAAACCCCAGGUUUCAACAACUCACGAGACACUUUUCCCCUCUCGCGUCCCCUCUGUCCUACCAUCAAAACACCUGCAAGCCCCUCAUCUCUUACCUCACAAAAACCACCCUCACACUCUCAAUUCUGCAAACGUCCAGAUUCCCUUGAACCCCUCAAAUCACGGGCCCUGGAACCAUCCCGAAAACCUAAGAGAUGAUCUGACUGAUCGACACCGCCUAUCAAAAGCCCUCUGCAAAUGACCCUGUCAAAUAAUUCCACCUAGUCCCUGAUCCCGGAAACCGACUCGCAUCACCACUCACAUCAGCAAGCUAGACUCGUGAUCAGAAAGAAAAAGGAAUAUGCAGGAGAU